GCACGUCCAUGUAGGAUACUCCCCGACAGGAAACAACGACCUGCAAGUUUGAAGGCGUUUUUUAAUCUAGUUGGCAUCCUGAUCGCUCCCAUCUGUGUCUGGCGUAAACCCGGUGUGCACUGCUGCUGCCUCUUGUUCCAAGACUAAUUUAAGACAGCGCUUUGAACCCUGAGUUGAGUGUUGUGAAUGUGUUAGGUGCGCUGCUUUCUCCACGGAGCCUGCUUACAGUUUGAUCACAAAACUACACCAACAACACAAAACCUUUUCGGGUAUUUUCUGAUCAUCAAGAGGACUUUGAAGCAGGAUUUCAGCAUGGAUACAGCCAGCGACUCCAUCGGGGAAAAUAAGCCGGUGUAUCAGUGUGCGCCCAGGUCUGCGGUCCAGCGGUGGCUUCCAGGUUUUCCCAUCGCUCUGUGCUUGCUGAUGUCCAUGAGCUCCAUCACUGUGUGUCUUCUGAUGAGCCUCAAGACCUACCAGCUGGAGAACCGACUUCAGAUGGAGAUGGACAAAGCGUCCGUCUUCCAGCCGCCGCACACGGCUUGUCUAAACGAGGAUGGGACCCUUAUUCCAGAGCUGAGCAAUUCAGUGGGGAGGCUCGUAGAAGAGAAAGUGGUGGUGCUGAUGAUGCCAAAAUUGCGGAUCGCUAGGGAUGUUGGCCAAGAGUGUUCCUGUCCUCCAGGGCCUCCAGGAAAGCGUGGAAGGAUGGGAAGAAGAGGGGAACCUGGCCUGCCUGGCAAGGCUGGACGGGAUGGAUACCCGGGUCCUCUUGGCUUGGAUGGGAAACCAGGUUUUCCAGGUCCCAAGGGAAGCCCGGGACCAGCCGGACUCAAGGGAGAAAAGGGUGACCAAGGAGACGCUGGGCCAAGGAUGGUCUUCCCCAGAUAUGACCAUGGCUUUCUCGUUGGAGAGCAAUCCAGUAGCUUUCAGAGACGCUUUCUGAAGGGUGACCAAGGCCAGGCUGGAGCCGCUGGUCCUCCUGGUCCGCCGGGUCCCCCCGGUCCCCGAGGCCCCCCUGGGAACACAGGCAAGGACGGGCCACGUGGCCCUGCUGGCGAGUCGGGUUUUCCAGGUCGGGAUGGCAUUGACGGGCCACAAGGAUUGCCUGGGAAGCCGGGAGAAAAUGGUGAGCCAGGCUAUUCAGGGCAACAGGGUCCUCCAGGAGCGAAGGGUGAGGCAGGUGUGGGAGAAAAAGGAGAGAGAGGCAUGGAUGGACUCUCAGGAUUUAAGGGAGACAAAGGGGAAAUAGGAGAGCAAGGACCACAGGGAUCCAUGGGUUAUACUGGCGAAAAAGGCACCACAGGCUCCUCAGACAUCAUCGACUUCAAUGGGAAACUUCUAGAUGCUUUCCAGGCCAUCAACACCAUCAGUGUUUCGGGCCCACCUGGACCACCUGGACCCCCAGGCCCUUCCGGGGGAAAGGGUGAACUUGGUUUACCUGGGCCGGCAGGAGUUGAUGGACAGAAGGGACCUAAAGGUGACUUGGGUGAGACGGGACCAGUUGGCCACAGAGGAGAGAUGGGAGAGAUGGGGCUCUCUGGGCCUGCUGGUAUGGACGGACACAAAGGAGAGAAAGGCGACUGCAGGAUGGAUGACAACCUGGUUCAAAUGAUUUCCCAACCAGGCCCCCCUGGCCCACCAGGGAUUCCCGGGUCCCCUGGAUCCAUGGGGCUGCAUGGUAUGCCUGGUCCUAAGGGUGAGCCUGGAUUCGGGAUGAAGGGAGAGAGGGGGGACUCUGGUGCUCCUGGACUCAGAGGAUUAGACGGUACCCAGGGCCUUACUGGGUCUUCAGGAUUAGUGGGUCUUCCAGGUGCAAAGGGAGAAAAAGGCAGACCAGGAGAACCUGGACUAGAUGGUUUCCCGGGUCUGAUGGGAGGCAAAGGUGAUCGAGGGGAAAGAGGAGACAAGGGUGACAGGGGAUCAGUGGGAAAGAGAGGCCUAAAGGGCCAGAAGGGAGAGCAGGGUCCUCCAGGCCUGGACCAGCCUUGUCCUGUGGGUUGUGGUGAGACUAAAGGUGUGUCUGAGGAGGCUGGGCUUUCUCCCCCUCCACCUCCUCCUCUUCCUCCUUCCGGCCCUGAGGCCCCCUGUCCUGUGGGACAGGAUGGGAUGCCCAUACCAGGCUGCUGGCACAAGGGGCAUUUUGAGGAAAUGGCGAAACAGAAGCUCAAACGCAAGCGUCUCUCUCAGCCCUGAAGGGGUGCGGGGCCUGGUGGAGAAAGGACACAUAGACAGGCAGAGAGCACACAAGGGGCACAUCGGCCUUUAUGAAGCAGAGCGAUGCCUCAGUGUCAUGCUGAACACUCAGAUCCUCUGUUAUGGAAACUCUCCAGGAGGGGGCGACAGAGAACCCUGCAUUUCUACAUUCACUUGAGAAGUAAAGACACACCUGUGACUGAUGAUGUUGCACAAUAGCUUCAUAACCAGUCAAAGUUAUUUGGGAGUCACUGACGUCACUGGCACAUAAGGAAGGAUUUACUGCACAGAUACAUUGAACAAGUUGUGGUGAUCUCUUGUAUGGCUCUUUUUUAAGGUUUUCACUAAUUAAAUGCAUGAUCAUAACAAGGCUCAGUGUUGUUUAGCAUCCUGACAGCUUGUAUGACUUGUGGUCCCUCGUUGAAACCUCAAACGACAGUAGAUUUAUUUUCAUUUGCAAUAAGCAGUCUUUAAUAGUCUUUCCAUUUAAACAAGCCGCUCAGAAAGGUCAGACCUUUUUAUGGUUUACACUUGUAGCAGUGGUGACUUUUUUGUGUGGUGUUUUGUUUUCUCUUGUUAUAUUCUUACCUAUUUGUGUCCAGUUACAUUUUGCAUUCCUGUGCAUUGCCAUGUUUGUGAGGUAUAUAAUGAAACUUCAAGGCCAGAUUUGAAGGAACCAUUUACAGUAUUCGUGAUAAAUCAGUGUUUCAGUUGCCUUGACAAAUGAUCACCAAUCAAAUUAUUUUUCUUAAUAAUUUUCAGUGUAACUGAUUCAUUUUCACUGAUCCUUUAAUCACUGAUGAAGACAUGUUUAAUUAUUGAUGCCAAUUUGCUCUGGACAACAGUGUAAGUUCUUGCUGCUGACUUAAAUGUGUGUUGUUUGUUUGAUAAUUUGUCAUUUGGACUGAAGGAUUUGGAUCAAAGUUAUACACAACCAUUGUUUUUGGGGUAAUUAUUAAUUUUUACUCAGCAGUACAUCUUGGGUCAAUGGUUUAUAACUGUCAGUUAUUUUGCAUUGUCUGUGUGCUUUUUUCAAUUAUCACAAAAAGUUUUUGUCUUGACUAUCAGAUGACUGUCAUUGGUGUGUUUUGGUCUUUGCAAAAAAAAAAUUUCUCAGAUGGAAUAAUUUGUUGGCGCUUAAAUACUUUUAUGUACCAGUUUAAAGCUCCACUCUGCACAUCCAUAAGCAAAACCACACACAUGUCCACAGCUACAUGUGGAUCAUUGCUUAAAGGAAUGUUGAACAUAGGAAAAAAAAAUUGUACUUAAGUUUACUGAUAUGCAAUUUUCUAAUAUGUUGCGACAUGUAUACAGGACAGAGAUUAGAUGGAGUUGUUCUUUGGUUCUGUUUACAUGGACAGAAAUACAUAGACAUGAAUGGAAUAUUUUCUACAUUGAUAUUAGUUGCUAUUUUUGAUACAAUAUAAAUAGCAUUCAUCAAUAUAUAUAUUGUGGUUAAUCGCUAGGCAUGACUGACUAGCAAUCAUUUACAACAUUUUCAUUGUUAGCCUGAAUAUGAACAAUCUGAAUGUUUUAUUGGUUGAUUAUCUUCAAUAUCAUCAUUAUACAGGCUGCUAAACAUUGCUAAUUCCAAUUCAAAAAUCACAAACAUUUCAACAUUUGCAAAUUUCAAACAGGGUCAGUAUUUCCAAAGUUUGAAAUACUUUGAUAUGAUUUUAUACAAGAUUUUCAAAUUAAUUAGAGGAACACAAAUGGAUUGGUGAUGUGUGAAAAAGUGAAGAUGGAAUUUGCUAUUCCACUUAGGUACAUUGUUCAAAGGCCAAUGUAUUAGAAAUAUAACAGAGUUGGUUGAGUUCCUUCUGAAUCCAGAAAACACAGUUUACAUUGGUAACGCUGACUUCCUCUUUGUCAUUAAACAUAUCCAAAAGCGGGCUCACAUUAUGUCACAAUAGUCAUGAUGUAGGUCACAUUUCCCUGCAGUGGUAGUCCAUGUUUAGGUCUGAAAUGACAGUGUGUAACAUUACUUAUUUUCAGCUUUAUUUUUGCAAUGAUUAUUUUACAGUAUACCUGAAAAGUGCAAAUUUGAAUUACUGACAUCACACAAGGCCAUUUCCAUAUCAGUAGAUACAUCUUUUAACUUUAAAAGGGUUUUGUAUGAAAGGUCAUUACAUAAUAUUAAACUUGUGAGUUUAAAGGUAUUCUAAAAAUGUUUUCUAUAAAAUGAAAAUCUAUAAAUGAGUUGCAUAUCAUUGAGCUAAAAUAGAAUAGCUGACAUAUACAACAUUUAUUUGAGAAUCAGAACAAAUGUAUGUUGACUGAGAAGUUGAAAGCAGAAUAGUUUAACUGUAAAUCACACCGUUCUUAGCAUUAUUUCACUAGAAGCUGAUAGUUAUCUGUCACUUAACAUUAUCAUAUGUGUUUAUUUCUUUAGCAGAUUCUAUCAGUUUCAGUUGCAAGGCUAAGUGGAGUCAGUAAACGGCACAGUGUCUGAAUACAGUUUGGUGUUUUAGCAAGUCAUAUAUCACAGUAUUAGCUUGACUUUGUGAGAAUGUUUUUUGGUUGUGUAUUUGGUUGUAAAAGAAUUAAGCUAUUUUUGUAAUUACUUGUCUAAAAAUGUAUAACGUGAAAUCUGGUCAACAUGUAGACUGAAGUAAACUCCAGUUUUAUGUUGUUGUUUUUUGUCUAUUAAAUCAUAAUCAUGUAAAACAAUUCAGUUUCUUUCAUUUAACAUUAAUACAACAUGAAGAUGU